AAUUCAAAUUUUAUGAGUCAUGAGGAAAUGGCAUUGCCGACAGGCUGGUCAGUGGAUUGGACAUUCCGAGGUCGCAAGUAUUACAUAGACCACAAUACUCAGACAACCCACUGGAGUCAUCCACUGGAGAAGGAGAGUCUACCAACUGGCUGGCAUAGGAUAGAGUCUAAGGAAUUUGGUGUAUAUUAUGUGAACCACUACACAAAGCAAGCCCAGUAUGCUCAUCCUUGUUCCACUGUGAUGGCUUAUCAGUUUGGUCACCAUAGUAACCAGUUACCAGUGACAUCACAAGCCCAGCCUCGAGGAAACCUGGUACCAGCCAAUCCCUAUCUCAAUACAGAGAUACCAGAAUGGUUACGAGUUUACUCAAAGGCACCGCCAGAACAUGACCACAAGUUAAAGUGGGAUUUGUUCCAGUUGAAUCAGAUGGAAACAUUUGAUGCCAUGUUGAAUCGUCUCUGUAAACAGGAACUCGAAAAAAUUGUGAUGAGUUAUGAGCGGUACCGAACAGGCCUUAAUCGGGAGCUUGAAAGGCGGCGACAGGAAAUGGCAAAAGAUGAAGGUGAUAACCAGACUAGAACUAAUAAUGAGAAGGAUAGGCAGACACCUGUGACAAGUGGUGCAGCACAGGUUUCAAGGUCAAACUCUUCUGCUAGUGUCAAAGGUCAAGGUCAGGCUUUACGAGAUCAGACAGUGCAAUCAAGUGAAAGUAGCCUGUUUCAGCAUGAUCAAGGUACUAUGUAUGAAAAUGAGAAUAUUUUACAGUUACAGAGACAGUUACAACAACAACAACAAGAGUUAGCUCAGCGACGAUUGUUGGCACAGUUUCAAGAACAGCAGCAGUUGCAACAGCAGCAACAAUUACAACAUCAACAGCAGCAGCAGCAGCAACAACAGAUGCCUAGUCAGGAGCAGCAGCUGCAAUAUCAGUAUAUGCUGCUUCGGCAGCAACAGUUGCAACAAUUACAACAACAACAACAACAGCGCCAGCAGAUGUCUCCCCUUCAACAGCAAUAUCAGCAACAGCAACAGCAAGCAGCUUAUCAGCAUCUGUUGCAGCAGCAACACCACUAUCAGCAGCUACAACAGUUAUAUCAACAACAACAACAACAACAACAACAACAACAGCCUAGUCAGGCUCAGUAUGUUGUUUCCCAUCCAAAUAUCUUAAUGACGCAAGGACAAAUGGUGUCGAAACCAUCGGUUCUCGGCUCACCACAAUCAAAUACACAAGUACCUGGUUCCCAGCAACUCUUCUAUCAGUUGUCAUCUAGCCAACAACAACAGCAGUUAAAGUCUCAGCAAGUUGGUGCUCAGCAACAAUUACAAGGUCAAGGACUUUUGUCUCAACUUCAAGGUCAGGGUCAAGGUCAACAGGUUUUACAGUUGUCAGGACAGCAAGUGCAGUUAACUCCACAACAACAGCAACAGUUAACACCAGAGCAACAACAACAACUCCUGGCUCAAAAUAUAGAAACAAAAGUUUAGUUAGUUUCGAAAAGUUGUAUAAAUUUACAUGUGAUUUAAAGGGACUUGCUUCCAGAAUAAUGCCAAAAUAUCCUAAUUUUCAAAACAUUUGAAUAGUUAUGGUUAUGUUUAAAAUAUUGUAAGAGACUCUUAUAACACUGUUUUUACAUUUUAUUAACAUUAUGAUGACAUAGGGAACUGCUUCCUUAGUUUAAAAAAUCUGAGGGCCAGCCCCUUUAAAAUACUAUAGUUUAUUAUUUAUUUCCUGGUUAUUUACUCCUUAGUCUUCCUGCAAACUGAAUGUUAUAAUGAAUAAGGAUAGAUUCACAGUAACUUUGAUCUCACGUAGUUACAUUUUUUUUUAUAGUUGCUAUGAAAUAUUAUUUUAGUUGCUUUUUUAUCUGUAUGUAUUUAGAAAAGAAAAACAAACAUCUUGAAGCUUUAAAAGCUUGCAUAAAGUAGUGUUAUAAUACAUGUGUAAUGUUACACACAUAUUGAUAGGAAUAAAGCUGAAGGUACAUUAAUUAUAGAAACAUUUGUAUGAUACAUCAGAAAAUGUUUUAAUCCACCGAGAUUCUGUGUAAGAAGUUAACAAAGAUACAUUAUUAUAUGCUGAUGGAAAUAUGUGUGUUUAUACAAUUUCAUGUACUAUAAAAGGCUACUUCAUGAGGACAUUAGUUUGUGGAUGUCCAUUUUUGCAUGCGGAUGCAAAGACAUUGUUGUCCAAAUGGCUGUCCGGUGUAUGUGCAUCCGUGCCCACGUCCGUCCAUCCAUCUGACAUGCAUGAAGUAAUCUUGAUUAUAUUUGGCAUGAAUGUUAACCUCAUUGAGACAGAGUGAAUUAUUUCCCUUUGUUCAUUAAUUGGAGUUAAAAGGGUUUAAGAGUUUCCAGUUAUUUUAUAGACAUAUCUUAGACAUGUUAAAAUGGCAUCUUUUUCAACUUAAUGUUGUUUAAUAUUGGCAAAAAUAUAGAUGAGCUGCACCAUGAGAAAACCAACAUAGGGUGUUUGCGACCAGCAUGGAUCCAGACCAGCCUGCGCAUCCGAACAGUCUGGUCAGGAUCCAUGCUGUUUGCUUUCAAAGCCUAUUGCAAUUAGAGAAACCGUUAGUGAACAGCAUGGAUCCUGACCAGACUGCGUGGAUGCGCAGAUUGGUCUGGAUCCAUGCUGGUCGUAAAGGCACUAUGUUGAUUUUCUCAUGGCGCGGCUCAGAUGUCCCCUAUUAUUUUACAUCAGUAAUCACUUGUGUGAAACAUUUUAAAAUUCUUAUGAUGUUCUUUGGUCAGUGUGAAUAUUGUCAGUUUUAUCAUUUUAUUAUUUACUUGAAACAGGGUUACUACACACUAAAUGACAGUGGCAGGUGUUACUACUAUUGACACAAUUAAACCUUUAUUGGCAUUGUUGUUUCAUACCUAAACACAAUAAUAAAUACUCAGUCAUUUAUAUCAUUAUUAUAUUUAACUGGAAUGAAAUUGAAUUUGUUGAUAUAUAGAAAUAUUUUAGUGCAAAAUUACACAUGUGAUAUAUAGAAAUAUUUUAGUGCAAAAUUACACAUG